GCGAGAGCGAAGACGAAGAGGAGAACAAUGGAAGCUGCUGCCAUUUCCUUCUCUAGUCCCUUCAAUCCUUGCAAUUCUUCUCUCCCUUCUUCCAGACGUUCUCUAAUCCUUAGUAUCAACCCUAAAUCCCCGAAAGAUUUAACCUUUGCUUCAAAUUCUCGGAAUUCUCUUCGCCUUUCCCCUCCUCUUGCUGUGGCGGAAGCCAUGGAACAAGCUGUUGAUGCUUCAGGUUCUACUCCCAGUGGGAAUCCCAGCAAGGUUGAUAGGAGUGGGAGGUUUUGCAGCCCCAGGGCUGCUCGGGAGCUCUCGCUGUUGAUUGCUUAUGCUGCGUGCUUGGAAGGCUCUGAUCCUGUUCGUCUCUUUGAUAGAAGAGUGAAUGCCAAAAGAGAUCCUGGAUAUGUUUUUGAUAAGUCUUCGUUGCUGCGGUAUGAUCAUAUGAGUUUUGGUGGAGCACCUGUUGAAGCAGGGACUGAAGAAGAGGCAAGUGAACUAAUGCUCAAGAAUGAGAAGGAUUCUGCCAAUGAAGCAGAAGUCCUUUCAGCUCCUCCGAAGGUGGUGUAUAAUAGAUUUGUCUUACGUCUAACAAGGGACAUCUUGGGAGCAGUUGUUGAUAGGUGGAAUCAACAUGUCCUUGUCAUUGACAAAAUUAUACCCCAAAAUUGGAAGGAUGAGCCUGCAGGGAGAAUUUUGGAACUCUGCAUCCUGCAUAUAGCUAUGGCAGAGAUUACAGUAAUAGGAACUCGACACCAAAUUGUCAUUAAUGAGGCGGUCGAUCUUGCAAAACGGUUCUGUGAUGGCUGUGCUCCUCGGAUCAUCAACGGAUGCCUUCGGACCUUUGUUAAACAUCAGAACACAACCAACAAUAAUGCACUUCAGUCUCUGCAAUCAUCAUGAGGAGAGCUUAAAAUUCACUAGUUCAAUAGCUGCUUUUAUUGCAACUUUUAAUUCUCAUUCAAUCAUGUAAAGCUGUUGAUUAGUGUUAAUUGUCUGUGCCUAUGCAAGCAGUGCAAGUUCAUAACAAACAAGCAGGGCUUUUUAAUUCAAUUUGUAGAGCUUUUGCAAGGUGAACCAUCAGAUUGAAUGUUAUUAAAACACAAUGACAGUAAAAUUCAUAGCAGACUUUUUGCUGUUCAAA